AUGCACGCGCCAGUCCGUCUUGUAAUAAAGUUCCUCGUGCACUUGCAGGUAAUCCCGGCGUGUUUACUCGCUUUAACAGAAGCGCGGCGAGCAGCCCCGCAGCUGCGGCCUCGCGUGGCGGAACCGCAGAUAUACUACGAGGAAGAGGACAACCAGGCGGCCGAGGACGACUUCGAGGGGGUCUAUCAACCGCGGACCCGCGCGCUCCCGUCGCCGCGCUCGAAGGAUACGUUGCACGCGUCGAAGCCGCCGCCGGUGCAGACCAUCAGGAACUACAACAAGGUGAACGACGACGGGUCCUUCACUUUCGGCUACGAGGCGGCCGACGGCUCCUUCAAGGAGGAGACCCGCGGCACCGAUUGCGUGGUGCGCGGCAAAUACGGCUACAUCGAUCCGGACGGCAACAAGAGAGAAUUCACUUACGUGUCCGGUAACCCCUGUGACCCGAACGCGCCCAAGGACGAGGAGGAAGAGCUGCCGGAGAAGGAAGAGGAGGAGCUGGCCGGGCCGGCGAAUUACCCGGCCGUGAGACCGGUGCCACGACCAGUCCCGGUGAGAGCAACGUACCAGCCGUCCACCACUCGAACGCCCACGACGAUCUUCCAAACGGAGUACCAGCUGGACGACGACGCCAGUCAGGAGCUGGAGGAAGAGCUGAAGCCGCAAUUGCGACCCUCCGCUUUCCGAAGGCCCACGACCUUAGUACAGGUCACACCCUCCACCGCGCUGUACGACUCCUCGCAGAGCCCUAGCCCGUCUCUCUAUAGGUUAGCCUCCACCCCGACGGCCCAGUAUCAGACCACCGCGUCACCCGUGCUCCGUAGCCAACAAUCCACCGUCGCUUCGAGCGUCUAUCAGCCGAUCGAGACGACGACACGUCGGCCGGUGGCCCGCCACCCCAGACCCCAGUCGGUAGCGAUAACCCCGCGACCCCACGUAGCCCAAGUGGCGGCGCAAUACGUCUCCCCUAGUAGCACCGAGCGUCCCGUCUACACCCCGAGUCGCCCUACCGUGCCGGAGUCGGCACCCCAUCUGCGCACUACGACCGCCACUAGUACGCCCCAUCUCGACUUCGCCGCCGAGCUCGAGCGUUACGUGAACACGGUCGGCGUGCCCCCCAGGUCCCAAGCCUCGCCCCAAACCUCGAGAGUUAAGCUGACCGGUCAAACGACGGUGACCGCAGCAGCGGCAGACCCCAUCUACCAGUCGGAGCUCGUUUACGAUCCCGCGACCGGUCAGUACAAUACCCAGCUUUAUCAGACUCUGCCCCAAACCGUGGGUGACUUCAGCCUCAGUCACAAACUCCAACCGUUCGUAGCCCAGCCCCAGUCCCUACUCGGUCUGCAGCAGCUCCAACAGCAACGGCAGAGCCCGGUGUACAAGCAGGCCCAGUCCGCGCCCGCUCCCACCGUAGCCCAGCCGCAAGAGGUGCUCUACAGGAAGCAGCAGGCCCAGCUACUGCAGCAGUCCCAGCAGCUUUACGCGCAGCAGCAACGCCGCCAGCAGCAGCAGCAGCAACCCCACAGGCUUCAGCUGCUGGAGUCGCAGAGGGAGGGCGCCCAGGCGUUCUAUUACGUCGCGCCCUUGAAGGCCUCCACCGCCAGCAGCACCUCCCUCUCAGUAGGUCAGAUCGAUCAGUUUCUCCGAGGUAGCGGCGCUGCCAAUUACUGA